AAAGUACAUCAACGCAUGAAACCUGAAUCCAGCCUUAUGGAAUGUUACCACGUGAAAUCUGGCUCCAUUCUAGCGCCGCGCGGGACAGUAAGCGACCGAGGCAGAUGUAAACACGCUCUCAGCAUGGCGUGCUUCGGCGAUGAUCUUUUUGAUUUUGUAGACGAGGAUAAUGAGAACCAGAAUGCAAACUUGCCCGAAAUUGGCGAGGGGAAUGAGGAUGAGAAUGAGAAGGCAGCACAAGAACUUAAUCAGCUUUUGGGGAAGAAACGUUCAUCAGAAGAUGCUGAUAAACAGGUGAUAAAGAAAGCCAGAGCAGUUGCUGAUGCAUCGGAGACACAAAUGAAGUUAACAGAAGAUAUGCCCAGAAUAGCAGUUCACAUCAUUGAGACAGUAGAGGCAUGUACUCAUGAAGUGGCAGUACCCCCUGGUGAGACCUACAUUCCACUCCAGCCACCAAGCGAAAAGCCAGCAAAGGUGUAUCCAUUCAUACUAGAUCCAUUCCAGAAAGAAGCUAUACUCUGCAUUGACAACAAUCAAUCAGUGUUAGUUUCUGCCCACACAUCUGCUGGUAAGACUGUGGUAGCAGAAUAUGCAAUAGCCAUGUGCUUACAGAACAAACAGAGAGUCAUCUAUACAACCCCAAUCAAGGCCCUGAGUAACCAGAAGUACCGUGACUUCAGUGAUGAGUUCACGGAUGUCGGCCUUCUGACAGGAGAUGUGACCAUCAACCCAAAUGCUUCCUGCCUCAUCAUGACCACAGAGAUUCUGCGUUCCAUGCUUUAUAGAGGUUCAGAGGUGACAAGAGAGGUGGGCUGGGUCAUAUUUGAUGAGAUCCAUUACAUGAGAGACAAGGAAAGAGGAUAUGUUUGGGAGGAGACACUCAUUCUUCUGCCAUCCACAGUUCAUUUUGUAUUUUUGUCUGCAACCAUCCCCAAUGCCAGUCAGUUUGCCCAGUGGAUUUGUUACCUUCACCACCAACCUUGCCAUGUGGUGUACACCGAUUACAGACCAACACCACUUCAACACUACAUCUUCCCAGCUGGAGGAGAGGGAAUCUACUUGGCUGUGGAUGAGCUGGGCAAGUUUAGGGAAGACAACUUUAACACAGCUAUGGCUAUCCUGCAGGAUGCUCCAGAACAGCCGGAAUCCGGGUCCAAGGGGAAAGGAGCUGCAGCCAAGGGGAGUUCUGAUUGCUUCAAGAUUGUCAAAAUGAUCAUGGAGAGAAACUUUGCUCCUGUCAUCAUCUUCAGUUUCUCCAAGAAGGAGUGUGAGGCUUAUGCAUUGCAGAUGUCGAAGCUGGACUUCAACAUUGCUGAUGAGAAGCAACUGGUGAAUGAGGUGUUCCAGAAUGCCAUUGCUCUCCUCUCGGAAGAAGACCGUGAGCUCCCACAGGUGGUGUCAGUGUUGCCACUACUCAAGAGAGGCAUUGGUAUCCAUCAUGGAGGUGUGAGUGAGGGAGAAGACGAGCUUGCUUCUAUGGUCAUAGAAAGGGAGUCAGAGGUGGAGAGUUACUACAAGUUGCAGCAGACCAUCGAGAACCUCUUGAAGGAAAGGCACAGCUUCAUAACCAGAUACACAUACAUCUUACCUUUCCUGCAGCCUGGGAGACUUGUCAGAGUUAAAAACAAUGAUGAUGACUUUGGUUGGGGUGUUGUGUUGAGUUACAAAAAGCAAGAAAACAAGAAAGAUCCCUUAAAACCACCAUCAGUAACAGUGGACAUCAUUUUACGAGUGUCUGAGGAAUCAGCAGCAAAAAAGGUGACUUCAGACCUUAAGCCGCCCAAACCAGGGGAAAAGAGCGAACCAGUGGUCAUGACAGUGAUGGUGAAAGUCAUCCAAGAUUUAUCAGCUGUAAGACUAAAGCUUCCUAGUGACCUAAAGCCCUUGGAUCAACGCAUCAUGGUCGUGAAGAUGGUGGAUGAGGCAUUAAGGCGUGUCCCAGAGAACCAGUUCCUGCUUGACCCAGUGAAGAACAUGAAAAUUAAGGAUGAGGCCUUCCUAGACGUCAUGUCCAAGCUGGAGAAGUUCAAAGCUAGAUUGAAUUCCCACAAACUGCACACAGAUCCUACGCGAGAUAGAUUAUGCGAGUCAUUUGCGAAAAAGAUGGAGGUCAGGAAGACACUCGAGAAUGCCGAGAGUGACUUGAAGAAAGCAAAGAGUGUAUUACAAAUGGAUGAAUUGAAGUGCCGCAAGCGUGUCUUGCGACGUCUUGGCUAUGCCACCUCGCAGGAUGUCAUUGAGAGGAAAGGCAGGGUGGCUUGUGAAUUGUCAUCUGCCGAUGAACUCCUCAUUACUGAAAUGCUCUUCCAUGGUCUAUUCAAUGAUCUAUCAGCUGCCCAGACCUGCGCAUUACUAAGUACAUUUGUGUGCGAUGAGAAGAGUUCACAGCUUCCGAAGUUGGGUGAAGAAUUGUCAGGACCACUAAGACAGAUGCAAGACAUUGCUCGUCGCAUUGCCAGAGUCAGCCACGAAUGCAAAUUAGAGAUUGAUGAGGAAAAUUAUGUAGAGCAAUUCAGACCAUUUUUGAUGGAUAUUGUAUAUGACUGGUGCAAUGGUGCAUCCUUCAUGGAACUCUGCAAAAAGACAGAAAUCUUUGAGGGAAGCAUAAUUCGAGCCAUGCGUCGUCUAGAGGAGCUGCUCAGACAGAUGAUUCAGGCGUCAAAAGCCAUAGGAAUCGACCUUGAAAAUAAAUUCUCUGAGGGAGUAAAGCUUUUGAAGAGAGAUAUUGUGUUUGCUGCAAGUCUUUAUUUGUAACUUGGAAUAUUUUCAAUGUAAUGUUAAUGUUAUCAAGGUUACUUUGUUAGGGAAGUGCUUGUUCACAACAGAUUUAAGUAACAUAUUUUAAAUGUGAGUAAUAAAACCUUUAGUAUGUGGAAAUGUACAUUUUUUAUGACAUGUAGAGCUGAAGAGAAUGAUCAUUUUUGUUUUCUUCAAUCCUUCUCUCUCUUAAAAAAAGAAAAAAAAAAUCAGACAAAUAGACUUUGGCACAGUAGUGAAUGAAAGGACUUGUUUAAGCUAAGCAUUUGGACAAAUAAGAUUAGUUUAUACUUCUUGUAUUAUUUUUUGUAAUACACCUACAGGAAAAUAUAUUAUACACAUUUUAUUGGCAUUUAAAUUUUGCAUGAAGUGAGGACAAUUCUUCUAUGAAUUAAGGUUUGAAUAUAUGGUUUGUAAUCCAAUAUUAAAUUCAGACUAAUAUAUUUGUGACAAAUUGAAUUGUUUAUAUUUGCUUAUACUAUAUUUCAUAAGACUUGAGCAGAGAAAAUUGUAUACUGACCCAAACUUAUAUUUGUUUGUAUUUCCACCAAAGACAUUGAUUCCAGAAAAGAAUAGCCAGUGAAUAUUCUGUUGUGUUAAAUGUGGAAAGUAAGAGAGAUGAUUAGUUAGUGUUAAUAAAAUGGAAAUAAGAUUUUUUUUCAACAAA